AUGGCCGAUGCCAACCAAACUGUCCGCGCUCCCUCACCCCCCUCUUUACCCAUCAACAACCCCCACCCUCAGCACCACACCCAUCCUCAGUCCCCCUUUUUGGUCUCCUCUGUCAUACUAUCCUGGCCAUCCUCACUGCCACUCAUCCCAGGAAAACACAUGCAGAUCUUGCAACAACAGCUGCAGCGUGACGGUCACAGGAUCUGUUUGCCCCCCACUUCCAGCUCUACUGGAGAGCUCACCCACCAGCCUGGUAUGUCGGCCCCCAAUGAGGACUCUGACAGAGAACAAGAGGACGGCCAUGUUUUCAACCAGACCAGAGAUCCAGCCGUAAAAGAUAAGAGGCGGUCGCCCCCCUCUAAUCGAUCCCCCUCCUCCCCACAACGCAACCCUCACCACAGCGGCUCCGCAGACGAACAGGAGACCCCCGAGAGAGUGGUGCAGAAGGAGAAGCUCCAUGCAGAGCUAAAACAGGUGCUGAGCCAGAAGAGAAGUCAUCUGAGAGAGUCAACCUGCCAACUGGCCCAACCAGAGAUGGACUCAGAGGCCACAGACGAGCAGACAAGUGGGGAGGAAGCCUCUAUCCCUGUGGAAAUCGUGGUGGAAACCGAGGCGGAGGCCGGAGCCAGCGGCUACAGUGUGACUGGCGGAGGAGAGCGAGGGAUCUUUGUCAAGGAUGUCCUCAAAGACUCUCCAGCUGCUAAGCAUCUCAGUCUACAGCAAGGUGACCAGCUGCUGAGUGCCAAGGUCUACUUCGACAACGUGAAAUAUGAAGACGCCCUGAAGAUCCUUCAGUGUGCCGAGCCAUAUAAGGUCAGCUUCCAGCUGAAAAGGACCAUCCAAGGAGCUGAGAUCACCGUGCGGCCUCGAGUUCCCAGCGUGGAGGUCAAAGGACCCAAAGCUAAGAUGGCCAAAAUGAGUGUGAAAGGCACCAAGCCAUUCAAGGCCAAGAAGAAGAGAGGCGGUCGCUUUGGUCUGAAGAGGCUUAAAGAGAAGCGCAGAGAGGAGCUGGUCAUAGAAGGAACACCCUCGAAGCUGGAGCUGAGUGACGUGGAUGUGGAAUUUUCUCUUCCCAAAUUCAAACCCAGGAGGAGUGCAAAGGUUGAAGCAGAGGGAGCAGGAGUGAAAGCAAAGAGGAAGAUCAGGUUUCCCCACAUGAAAGCUAAGGGUUACACUGGCGCAGAGACAGGAGGAAAUGUGGACACUGGACGACUCGAGGGGCAGGUGAAUAUCUCUCAAGCUGAGAUACCUGGCGCUAAAGUGAAAACCAAAGGAAAAGGACACAAGUUUGGAAUCAACUUUCCUAAGACUAAACACACAAAGUCUGGCUCGGCUUUGGAAACUGGAUCUUUGGAGCUGAAGCCACCAGAUCUGAACAUCCGGCCACCAUCAGUGGAGUUCAGUUUGUCUGGUGAUAAAGGCAGCAAUAUGGAUGUGGAGAAGGGGGGAGCUAAGUUUAAUGCACCUGAUGUGGAGUUUUCACUCCCUUCUGGAAAAGCUCCUAAAAUUGAAGUCAAAGGAGGGGUUGAUGCAGAGGCAGCUGGGGGAAAAGUUGAUGUAGAUGUAGGCAAAGGAGAUGCAAAGCUCAGAAUGCCAAAGUUGAAACUACCCAAAGUUAGACUCUCAUGUCAUUCAGAUGAGAUAGAUGGUGGCAUCAAGGUAAAAGCAGAAGAAAUGAAAAUGCCUAACGCUUACAUAACACCUCCAAAAGUAGAAAUCAAAGGAGGUGGUGAUGUUGGUUUCCCUGAAGCACAUUUAACCAAACCACAGAUAGAAGGAGAUCUCUCAGGAAAUGCUGCAUCUAUUAAAAUGCCUUCAGUUGAUAUUUCUUUACCAAACAUGAAGGGAAAGUCUGACAUGGAUGUCUCAUUCUCAGAGUAUGAAGCAGAUGGGAAGACAGCAGUUAAAAUGCCUGCCAUUGACAUCUCUGUGCCUGGUGUUGAUUUAGAGCUGGACACUGGACGGAGAAUCCCUGAUGAGGUGGAGGGCACUUUUAAAGCGCCCAAAAUUUCUAUGCCAAAAGCUGAUAUCACAUUACUAAAGAUGGGAUCACCAGAUGUGAAUAUUGAAGAUGCAGAGGGUGGAGGGAAGCUCGGUCUGCCUUCUGUUGACAUCUCUCUUCCAAAAUUGAAAACUGAGGGUGUAGAUGUAGAUAUGGACUAUUACGUUGGCGGAGAUGGACAGUUCAAGAUGCCUAGUUUUGACUUAACCCUCCCAAAAAUGAAGUCGACAGAGGGAGAAGUAGAUGUAAAAGGACAAGACAUUGAAGGGGGAUUCAAGUUGCCCAAAGGAGGCCUAACACUUCCAAAAGGCAAAGCAGCAACGGCUGAGUUUAAAAUGCCUACAUGUAAUAUAUCUCUUCCCACAAUGAAAUCGGCUGAGGGAGAUGUUGUUUUAGAGGGACCUGAAAUCAAAGGUGGAAAGAUCAAGAUGCCUACAGUCGACCUCUCUGUUCCCCAAGGAAAAAUAGAGGGAGAUUUGAACAUCGAUGGCAGUGUCAAGUUCCCGAAAAUGAAACUAUGUGAAGGAGAGGUGAAGCUAGAAUGCCCUGAACUCCCAGAUGUUGACUUUUCACUUCCCAAGACUAAUGUAGAAGGUGACAUGGAGCUCGAGGGCAGUGGUGGUAGCGGAACUAAGUUCAAGAAACCCACAUUUGACAUCUCACUCCCAAAGAUGAAAUCCAAAGAAGGAGCAGAUAUUGAAAGUCCUGAAGUCAAAGGAGGAAAGUUACAUCUGCCUUCUUUAGAUGUGACAAUGCCAAAAAUUAAAUCACAGGGAGGUGACGUUGAUGUUGAAGGUCCUGGAUUUAAAGUCAAAUCACCAGAGUCAGGUCUAGACCUUAAGGGUGAGAUAAAAGGAGGGGAAAUUAGCAUGCCUACAGUUGAUAUCUCUCUUCCAAAAGGGAAAGCAGAGGAUAAGAUAGAUUUUGAAGGACCCUCAGCAAAAGGAGGCAAGUUUAAGAUGCCUACAUUUGAGUUAUCCCUACCAAAGAUGAAUGAAAUGCCAAAAAUUGACCUUUCGCUUCCUAAAGGAAAUGUACAAGGAGAUAUUGAUAUUGACAUUCACUCUGGAAAAGAUGGACAUUUUGAAAUACCAGCCUGUGAUAUUGGAUUUCCUAAAGGAAAAACCAAAGGAGACAUAAAUAUUGAAUGCCCAGAGGGAGAAAUGGGUAAAUUCAAAAUGCCAAAAUUUGAUAUUUCACUUCCAAAGAUGAAACUGCCAGAGGGUGAUGUCAAAGUGGAAGGACCAGAGAUGAAAGGAAAGAUGGACAUGCCCACUGUCGAUAUUUCACUUCCAAAAGGAAAAGACAAGGUUGACAUAAAUGUUGAUGGUCCUGAAGGGAAAGGAGGAAAGAUAAAAAUGCCAAAGUUUGACCUUUCAUCACCAAAGGUUAAUUUUCAAGAGGGUGAUGUCAAAUUAAAAGGACCUGAGAUAAAAAGCAAGAAGAUUGAGAUGCCAGACAUUGAUAUUUCUCUCCCCAAAGGAAAGGCAGGGGGGAAAAUUGAAUUUGAAGGGCCUGGUGGAAAAGGAGGCAAGUUUCACAUGCCCUCUGUUAAUAUCUCUCUUCCUAAAUUCAAAGCUAAGGGAGUUGAUGUUGAUAUUAAAGGUCCUGAACUUAAGGGAGGAAAAAUUAUUCCACUAGACAUUGACAUUUCAUCCCCCAAAGGAAAGGCUGAAGCUGAUCUAGAUAUUGAGGGACCUGAGGUAAAAGGUAGCAAAUUCAAAAUGCCAAAAUUUGAUGUUUCACUUCCAAAGAUGAAACUGCCAGAGGGUAAUGUCAAAUUGGAAGGACCAGAAAUAGAAGGAAAAAUGGACAUGCCAAACAUUGAUAUUUCACUCCCAAAGGGAAAAGGAAAUAUUGACAUUGAAGGACCUGAACUUAAAGGUGACAUUUCACUUCCAGAAGGAAAAGUUGAGGGUGACUUAGAUGUCAAAGUUCCUGGAGGUAAAGGAGGCAAAUUCAAAAUGCCAAAAUUUGAUAUUUCACUCCCAAAGAUGAAACUGCCAGAGGGUAAUGUCAAAAUGGAAGGACCAGAAAUGGAGGGGAAAAUGGACAUGCCGAACAUUGAUAUUUCACUCCCAAAGGGAAAAGUAAAGGGAGAUAUUGACAUUGAAGGACCUGAACUUAAAGGUGACAUUUCACUUCCAGAAGGAAAAGUUGAGGGUGACUUAGAUGUCCAAGUUCCUGGAGGUAAAGGAGGCAAAUUCAAAAUGCCAACAUUUGAUGUUUCAUUGCCAAAAGUGAAUCUUCCAGAGGGGGGAUUCAAAAUAAAAGGCCCCGAUAUUAAGGGAGGGAAGAUUAACAUGCCAGAUAUUGAUUUGUCACUCCCCAAAGGAAAGGCUGAAGCUGACCUCAAUAUUGAGGGACCUGACUUAAAAGGAGGCAAAUUCAAAAUGCCAACAUUUAAUGUUUCAUUGCCAAAAGUGAGUCUCCCUGAGGGGGGUGUUAAAAUAAAAGGCCCAGAUAUCAAGGGAGGGAAGAUUGAUGUGCCAGAUAUGGAUAUUUCAUUUCCCAAAGGAAAAGCAGAGGGAGAAAUUGAAAUUGAAGGACAUGCUGGUAAAGGGGGCAAGUUCCAUAUGCCCUCUGUUGAUAUCUCUCUUCCUAAAAUGAAAGCUAAAGGACCAGAGAUAGACAUUGAACGUCCUGAAGUCAAAGGUGGAAAGCUUAACAUGCCAUCACUUGAUGUUUCUCUUCCAAAAAUCAAAUCUCCAGAGGUAGAUGUCAGCCUUGAGGGUCCUGAAAUAAAAGGUGGAAAGAUCAACAUACCAACUGUUGACAUUUCACUUCCCAAAGGGAGUGUUGAGGGAGACUUCAAUGUUGAAGGCCCUGAGGUGAAAGGGGAGAAAUUCAAAAUGCCGAAAUUUGACAUUUCUUUACCAAAAGUGAGUCUUCCAAAGGUUGAUGCCAGUGUGGAAGGACCAGAUAUGAACAUUUCACUCCCCAAAGGAAAAGUUGUUGCUGACCUUGAUGUUGAAGGCCCUGAGGUGAAGGGAGGAAAAUUCAAAAUGCCAAAAUUUGAUGUGUCUUUUCCAAAAGUGAGUCUUCCAAAGGUUGAUGCCAAUGUGGAAGGACCAAAUAUGAAAGAAAAAAUUCAAAUGCCCUCAGUGGAUAUCUCUCUUCCAAAAAUCAAGGCAAAAGGAGUUGAUGUUGAUAUUACCGCACCUGAAAUCAAAGGUGACAUGUUACUCCCUAAGAUUAAGUCUCCAGACGUAGAUGUCAGCCUCAAGGGUCCUGAUAUUAAAGGAGGAAAGAUUAACUUACCAACUAUUGAUAUUUCACUCCCCAAAGGAAAUGUUGAGGGGGACAUUGAUGUUGAGGGUCCUGAGAUGAAGGAGGGUAACUUUAAAAUGCCAAAAUUUGAUGCGUCUUUACCAAAAAUGAGUCUCCCAGAGUGUGAUCUCAAACUAAAAGGACCAGAUAUCAAAGGCAGAAAGAUUGAGAUGCCAGAUAUUGAUAUUUCUCUCCCCAAAGGAAAGGCAGGAGGGGAAAUUGAAGUUGAAGGGCAUGGUGGAAAAGGAGGCAAAUUCCAUAUGCCUUCUUUUGAUAUCCGUCUUCCUAAAAUGAAAGCUAAAGCACCAGAUGUCAACAUAGAAGGUCCUGAACUUAAAGGUGCAAAAAUCAAUGUGCCAGACAUUGACCUGUCACUCCCUAAAGGAAAGACUGAAGCUGACCUCAAUAUUGAAGGUCCUGAGGUAAAAGGAGGCAAAUUCAAAAUGCCAAAAUUUGGCAUUUCUUUUCCAAAGAUGAAACUGCCAGAGGGUAAAGUCAAAGUGGAAGGACCAGAAAUUGAAGGAAAAAUGGACAUGCCGACUAUUGAUGUUUCACUACCAAGAGGAAAAGUAAAGGGAGAUGUUGACAUUGAGGGACAUGGGGCUAAAGGAGGGAAGUUUCAUAUGCCAUCAUUAGAUAUGCCAAACAUUGAUAUUUCACUACCAAAGGGAAAAGUAAAGGGAGAUAUUGACAUUGAAGGACCUGAACUUAAAGGUGACAUUUCACUUCCAGAAGGAAAAGUUGAGGGUGACUUAGAUGUCCAAGUUCCUGGAGGUAAAGGAGGCAAAUUCAAAAUGCCAACAUUUGAUGUUUCAUUGCCAAAAGUGAAUCUUCCAGAAGGGGGGUUCAAAAUAAAAGGCCCCGAUAUUAAGGGAGGGAAGAUUAACAUGCCAGAUAUUGAUUUGUCACUCCCCAAAGGAAAGGCUGAAGCUGACCUCAAUAUUGAGGGACCUGACUUAAAAGGAGGCAAAUUCAAAAUGCCAAAAUUUGAUAUUUCGCUCCCAAAGAUGAAACUGCCAGAGGGUAAUGUCAAAAUGGAAGGACCAGAAAUGGAGGGGAAAAUGGACAUGCCGACCAUUGAUAUUUCACUCCCAAAGGGAAAAGUACAGGGAGAUAUUGACAUUGAAGGACCUGAACUUAAAGGUAAAGGAGGCAAAUUCAAAAUGCCAACAUUUGAUGUUUCAUUGCCAAAAGUGAAUCUUCCAGAAGGGGGGUUCAAAAUAAAAGGCCCCGAUAUUAAGGGAGGGAAGAUUAACAUGCCAGAUAUUGACAUGCCGACCAUUGAUAUUUCACUCCCAAAGGGAAAAGUAAAGGGAGAUAUUGACAUUGAAGGACCUGAACUUAAAGGUGACAUUUCACUUCCAGAAGGAAAAGUUGAGGGUGACUUAGAUGUCCAAGUUCCUGGAGGUAAAGGAGGCAAAUUCAAAAUGCCAACAUUUGAUGUUUCAUUGCCAAAAGUGAAUCUUCCAGAAGGGGGGUUCAAAAUAAAAGGCCCCGAUAUUAAGGGAGGGAAGAUUAACAUGCCAGAUAUUGAUUUGUCACUCCCCAAAGGAAAGGCUGAAGCUGACCUCAAUAUUGAGGGACCUGACUCAAAAGGAGGCAAAUUCAAAAUGCCAAAAUUUGAUAUUUCACUCCCAAAGAUGAAACUGCCAGAGGGUAAUGUCAAAAUGGAGGGACCAGAAAUGGAGGGGAAAAUGGACAUGCCGACCAUUGAUAUUUCACUCCCAAAGGGAAAAGUAAAGGGAGAUAUUGACAUUGAAGGACCUGAACUUAAAGGUAAAGGAGGCAAAUUCAAAAUGCCAACAUUUGAUGUUUCAUUGCCAAAAGUGAAUCUUCCAGAGGGGGGAUUCAAAAUAAAAGGCCCCGAUAUUAAGGGAGGGAAGAUUAACAUGCCAGAUAUUGAUUUGUCACUCCCCAAAGGAAAGGCUGAAGCUGACCUCAAUAUUGAGGGACCCGAUUUAAAAGGAAGCAAAUUCAAAAUGCCAAAAUUUGAUAUUUCACUCCCAAAGAUGAAACUGCCAGAGGGUAAUGUCAAAAUGGAAGGACCAGAAAUGGAGGGGAAAAUGGACAUGCCGACCAUUGAUAUUUCACUCCCAAAGGGAAAAGUAAAGGGAGAUAUUGACAUUGAAGGACCUGAACUUAAAGGUAAAGGAGGCAAAUUCAAAAUGCCAACAUUUGAUGUUUCAUUGCCAAAAGUGAAUCUUCCAGAAGGGGGGUUCAAAAUAAAAGGCCCCGAUAUUAAGGGAGGGAAGAUUAACAUGCCAGAUAUUGAUUUGUCACUCCCCAAAGGAAAGGCUGAAGCUGACCUCAAUAUUGAGGGACCUGACUUAAAAGGAGGCAAAUUCAAAAUGCCAAAGUUUGAUAUGCCGACCAUUGAUAUUUCACUCCCAAAGGGAAAAGUACAGGGAGAUGUUGACAUUGAAGGACCUGAACUUAAAGGUGACAUUUCACUUCCAGAAGGAAAAGUUGAGGGUGACUUAGAUGUCAAAGUUCCUGGAGGUAAAGGAGGCAAAUUCAAAAUGCCAACAUUUAAUGUUUCAUUGCCAAAAGUGAGUCUCCCUGAGGGGGGUGUUAAAAUAAAAGGCCCAGAUAUCAAGGGAGGGAAGAUUGAUGUGCCAGAUAUGGAUAUUUCAUUUCCCAAAGGAAAAGCAGAGGGAGAAAUUGAAAUUGAAGGACAUGCUGGUAAAGGGGGCAAGUUCCAUAUGCCCUCUAUCAACAUACCAACUGUUGACAUUUCACUUCCCAAAGGGAGUGUUGAGGGAGACUUCAAUGUUGAAGGCCCAGAGGUGAAGGGGGGCAAGUUUAAAAUGCCAAAGUUUGAUAUGUCUUUACCAAAAGUGCGUCUUCCAGAGGGUAAUGUCAAAAUAAAAGGACCAGAUUUCAAAGGAGGAAAGAUUGAGAUGCCAGACACUGAUAUUUCACUCCUCAAAGGAAAGGCAGGAGGAGAAAUUGAGGGGCAUGGUGGAAAAGGAGGCAAGUUCCAUAUGCCCUCUUUUGAUAUCUCUCUUCCUAAAAUGAAAGCUGAAGGGCCAGAGGUCAACAUAGACGCCCCUGAACUCAAGGGAGGAAAAAUAAACUUGCCAAGUACUGAUAUUUCACUACCUGAAGGAAAAGCUGAUCUCAGUAUUGAGGGCCCUGAAGUGAAAGGAGAGAAAGGUGGCAAAUUCAACAUGCCAACCAUCAAGAUGCCUAAUAUUGACUUGUCUUUUACAAAAGGAAAAACAGGCAACAUUGAUGGACCAGAAGUGGAACUAAAGGGAGGUGAAGGACAAUUCAAAAUGCCUCACAUUACAAUGCCAACAAUAGAUGUAUCCCUUCCCAAAGGGAAAUCUGGAGAUCUUGCAGCACCAGAUGUUGAUAUACAUGGUGAUGGAGGCGGAAAGUUUAAGAUACCUCAUGUCAAAAUGCCCAAUGUUGACAUUAACCUGCCGAAAGUAAAAACUGGAAAAAUUGAUACACCAGAUGGGGAUGUAGAAGGAGAGGGGGCGAAAUUCGGAAUGCAUGGAUUCAAAAUGCCUAAUAUUGACAUAUCUCUGCCUAAAGGAAAGACUGGUAAAUUAGACAGGCCAGAUGUUGAAAUCGAGGGAGGAAAGUUGAAGAUGCCACAUGUCAAAAUGCCACAUGUUGACAUUAAUCUGCCCAAAAUGAAAACUGCAGAUGUAGAUACACCAGAUGUGGAUGCGAAGAUUGAGGGAGGACAAACAAAAUUGACAAUGCCCCACAUUAAUAUGCCUUCAGUUGAUAUUUUACUUCCAAAAGGAAAGGUUGAAGGUUCAGAUGUUGAAACAGAAGGAGGUACAGGAGGAAAGUUCAAAAUGCCUCACAUAAAAAUGCCCAAUAUCAACCUGUCUCUUCCUAAAGCAAAAGUCGAAGGUGCUGACAUAAAGACACCUGAAAUAGAAAUGGAGGGACAAGGAGGAGGAAAAUUCAAAAUGCCUCACAUGAAAAUGCCACAUGUUGACAUCUCUCUGCCCAAAGGAAAAGUUGAAGGUCCAGAAGUUGAAAUGGAGGGAGGUACAGGAGGAAAGUUCAAAAUGCCUCAUAUGAAAAUGCCACAUGUUGACAUCUCUCUGCCCAAAGGAAAAGUUGAAGGUCCAGAAGUUGAAAUGGAGGGAGGUACAGGAGGAAAGUUUAAAAUGCCUCACAUGAAAAUGCCACAUGUCAGCAUGCCCUCGGUUGAUAUUUCACCACCCAAAGGAAAGGUUGAAGGUCCAGAUGUUGAGAUAGAGGGAGAUGCAGGAGGAAAAUUCAAAAUGCCUCAUGUGAAAAUGCCAGAUAUCAAUAUCUCUCUACCCAAAGGAAAAAUACAAGGUUCAGAUGUUGAAAUGGAGGGAGGUACAGGAGGAAAGUUUAAAAUGCCUCACAUGAAAAUGCCACAUGUCAGCAUGCCCUCGGUUGAUAUUUCACUACCCAAAGGAAAGGUUGAAGGUCCAGAUGUUGAGAUAGAGGGAGAUGCAGGAGGAAAAUUCAAAAUGCCUCAUGUGAAAAUGCCAGAUAUCAAUAUCUCUCUACCAAAAGGAAAAGUACAAGGUCCAGAUGUUGAAAUGGAGGGAGGUACAGGAGGAAAGUUCAAAAUGCCUCAUAUGAAAAUGCCACAUGUCAGCAUGCCCUCAAUUGAUAUUUCACCACCCAAAGGAAAGGUUGAAGGUCCAGAUGUUGAGAUAGAGGGAGAUGCAGGAGGAAAAUUCAAAAUGCCUCAUGUGAAAAUGCCAGAUAUCAAUAUCUCUCUACCCAAAGGAAAAGUACAAGGUCCAGAUGUUGAAAUGGAGGGAGGUACAGGAGGAAAGUUUAAAAUGCCUCACAUGAAAAUGCCACAUGUCAGCAUGCCCUCGGUUGAUAUUUCGCUACCCAAAGGAAAGGUUGAAGGUCCAGAUGUUGAAAUGGAGGGAGGUACAGGAGGAAAGUUCAAAAUGCCUCAUAUGAAAAUGCCACAUGUCAGCAUGCCCUCAAUUGAUAUUUCACCACCCAAAGGAAAGGUUGAAGGUCCAGAUGUUGAGAUAGAGGGAGAUGCAGGAGGAAAAUUCAAAAUGCCUCAUGUGAAAAUGCCAGAUAUCAAUAUCUCUCUACCCAAAGGAAAAGUACAAGGUCCAGAUGUUGAAAUGGAGGGAGGUACAGGAGGAAAGUUUAAAAUGCCUCACAUGAAAAUGCCACAUGUCAGCAUGCCCUCGGUUGAUAUUUCACUACCCAAAGGAAAGGUUGAAGGUCCAGAUGUUGAAAUGGAGGGAGGUACAGGAGGAAAGUUCAAAAUGCCUCAUAUGAAAAUGCCACAUGUCAGCAUGCCCUCAAUUGAUAUUUCACCACCCAAAGGAAAGGUUGAAGGUCCAGAUGUUGAGAUAGAGGGAGGUACAGGAGGAGAGUUCAAAAUGCCUCACUGGAAAAUGCCAGAUAUGGAUAUCACUCUGCCAAAAGGAAAGAUUGAAGGUCCAGAUGUUGAAAUAAAGGGAGAUGGAGGAGGAAAAUUCAAAAUGCCUCACGUGAAACUGCCAGAUGUUGGCAUGUCUUUGCCUAAAGGAAAGGUUGAAGGUUCAGAGGUGGAGAUUAAAGGAGAAGGUGGCAAAUUUAAAAUGCCACACAUUACUAUGCCUUCAGUUGAUAUUUCACUGCCCAAAGGAAAGGUUGAAAGUCCAGAUGUUGAGAUAGAGGGAGACACAGGAGGAAAAUUCAAAAUGCCUCACAUGAAAAUGCCACAUGUCAGCAUGCCCUCGGUUGAUAUUUCACUGCCCAAAGGAAAGGCUGAAAGUCCAAACGUUGAGAUGAAAGGACAAGGAGGAGGCAAAUUCAAAAUGCCUCACAUGAAAAUGCCACAUGCUGACAUCUCUCUGCCCAAAGGAACGGUUGAAGGCCCAGAUGUUGAGAUAGAGGGAGAUACAGGAGGAAAGUUCAAAAUGCCUCAAAUGAAAAUGCCAGAAUUUGGCAUCUCUCUUCCUAAAGCAAAAGUCAAAGGUGCUGAAAAAGAGACACCUGAAAUAGAAAUGGAGGGACAAGGAGGAAAAUUCAAAAUGCCUCACAUGAAAAUGCCACAUGUCAGCAUGCCCUCAAUUGAUAUUUCACUGCCCAAAGGAAAGGUUGAAGGUCCAGAUGUUGAGAUAGAGGGAGGUACAGGAGGAGAGUUCAAAAUGCCUCACUGGAAAAUGCCAGAUAUUGAUAUCACUCUGCCAAAAGGAAAGAUUGAAGGUCCAGAUGUUGAAAUAAAGGGAGAUGGAGGAGGAAAAUUCAAAAUGCCUCACAUGAAACUGCCAGAUGUUGGCAUGUCUUUGCCUAAAGGAAAGGUUGAAGGUUCAGAGGUGGAGAUUAAAGGAGAAGGUGGCAAAUUUAAAAUGCCACACAUUACUAUGCCUUCAGUUGAUAUUUCACUGCCCAAAGGAAAGGUUGAAGGUCCAGAUGUUGAGAUAGAGGGAGACACAGGGGGAAAUUUCAAAAUGCCUCAUAUGAAAAUGCCAAAUGUCAACCUCUCACUACCUAAAGGAAAAUCAUGCACAAUUGAAGGAGUGGAGCUGGAGAUUGAGGGAGAGGGAGGCAAAUUUAAAAUGCCACACAUGACAAUGCCCUCAGUAGACAUGUCACUGCCAAAGGGGAAGACUGUAGGUCCUGAAGUUGAAAUUAAGGGUGCGGGUGGAAAGUUCAAGAUGCCUAAUGUUGACAUAACUAUCCCUAAAGGAGUGGCAAAUGUUGACACACCAGAGCAGAAAGUGGAGGCAGAAGGAGGGACCAUAAAGUUGCCACAUGUCAAGAUGCCAAUGGUUGAUAUUUCACUUCCAAAAGGUAAAAGUAAAGACAUUGAAGCACCUGCUCUGGAGAUGGAAGCCACAGGAGGAAAAGUCAAAGGCCCAGAUGUUAAAUUCCUAAAGGGGGAUGUAUCAGUGCCAAAGGGUAAGUCUGGUGAAGUGGAAAUUAAUUCACCAACCAUUGAGACAGGAGGGAAACUUAAAGUGCCACAAGUCACAUCACCAGAUCUGGACACUGAUGUGACACUUGGUAAACAAAAACAAGACACAGAAGGUCAUGGGGAAGCUGAUUUGCAUGUUGUGGGACAGCACAAAGGUCUGAAAUUCAAGAUGCCAACAAUAGAUAUCAGACUUCCCAAAGGAGACAUAGAGCUUGAUCUAGGACUUCAUAGGGGAGAGGACAAGAAGGACAGGAAAAAAGUUGAACUACCUUACUUGGAUCUCAACAACGCAGGAACUAGCAGCAAAGUAAAAGGGCCUAAAGUCAAAGGCACAAAAUUCAAGAUUGGGAUGCCAAAAAAGAAAACUGGAAAAGAUGUGACAACAGAAGUGAAAUCAAGCAAAAAUGGUGAUGAUGACAAUGGUCAACUUAAAGAAAAAUUACAGCAUGGCGUUGAUGUAAGCAUCUCUGGUCCCACAAUCUCAGGCCCCAAUGGGCAUACAGAGGACAAAGAUCGUAUUAAUAUCCCAGUUCCAGGAAUUACAUUACCAAGUGUUAGUCUGAAAACCAAACAAGGCUCAACCACCUCAGGAACAGGUGAAAACGUUGGCCUCUCAUCAUCCACUGCAGAAAUCAAAGCUCCCAGGAUUCCAGACAUAGAGUUUGAUAUUGGUACAUCACAGGAUGAAGAUGAGAACAAAACAGAAAAGGGAAAGAAAGUCAAAAUCCCUAAGUUUGGUGUCCCAUUACCUUCCAUCUCCUCUCCUGAAGGAAGGAUGGAAAUCCAUGGGCCAGAAAUUCGGUAUGAGGGCCCUAAAAUGCCCAAAGUAAAAAAAGCUGUUUUUGUCUUGGUAAAUCCUCCUCAAACAGAUGAACCUGCUGCGUGCGCAGGCGUCCAAGUAGAGGAGACAACAGGUAAUGCUCAAACAGAGGUGCCCAAAAGCCAAAUGAAGUCAAGCUUUGGGAAGUCCAAAGACAUAUCAGCUGCUGUGAGCACAGAGAAAGAGGGGGAGGGAGAGGAGAAGUCAAGGGGAGGGAAGUUGAAAAUGCCUAAAGUGUCAUUUUCUCCCGGCAAAUCAGGGUCAUUUGAUGUCAAGAGCGAAGGCUCAAGUUCAAGUCUCAACGGUGAAAAAGAUCCUCACAAGGGCUCCAAGGACAAUAAAGGGACAUUCAGUAGUAAAAUCAAACUUCCAAAUGUGGAGUUGACCUCUCCAUAUGGCAAGUUGGCUGCAGUGGAGAAGCACACCGAAAGUUACACUAAAGUUUUCCAUGAGGAGUCCUCAAAGGAUGUGGUGUCAUCUCACGCCAGAACAGACAUGCUGGACAGGGACAGCUCAGAGUCCCCCUCUGGUUUUACCAUGGAGUUAAGCUCGGGAAAGGUGGAGAGCAAAUGCAGGGAGUGGGAGUCUGAAGAAAAAGGGUCUUCCCCCUGGUUCAAGGUCCCUAAGUUGACCCUGAAGCCACACUCCACAGGCUUCCUCCAGAUAACCCCAGAGGGUUCUCCUCAAGCCCAGCGGAAGGGGGAGGUUGGAGGUGAGGCCAACGUCUUGGGGUCUUUCUGUCUCCACACCUCAGGAGUCGACUUCACCACCCAGGAAAUGUCUGAAGAGCACCAUGUCUCCACCACUGAGGAAGGGACAGUCACCAUGGUGACAAAAACCUCCAGAGUCACCCAUCAAAUGGUCACCACUGAAAUGCAAACAGGUGAAUCUUCGACAACCACGACAACAACUCGUCAAGUGUCGGACUUCUGAGAACUACUGAGGAUGCUGUAAUGAUAUCUUAAAUGUCUUUUAAUAUUUUUUUUUCUUUGGUGAGGUUGCAGUGUUCUUGUAAGCUAAGCCUGCAACAUGGCAAACCUCUAUUGAAUAAAAAGUCUUUAUUUUAUAUUUUAAUAGGUGAGGUAUGAAUGUGAUGAAAAGCAAUGACAUUUCAUCAACCAGCAUUAUUGUCAUUAUUACAGCAGCAGAGUAAUAUAUACUUCCAUUUUUUCAUUUUAAAUGUGACUAUUUUUGUUACUGUUCUUCAAGUUUUGUUAGUUUAGUCCAAAUUAUUUAUCAGAUUUUGUUUGGUUUUAAAGGUUUCACUCUGAAUGUAAACAUGUCAGAUUGCUUCAUUAUGUAUUGUUGUUCAUGUGUUCAAAAUGCGCUGCAGUGACUCAUCAUAUUUUCAUAUUGAUCAUCAGCAUCAUUGAUUGUGGUUUUAUAAAGUUCAAAAUAGUUCAUUUUGAACCACUACACUACAGGCCAGAAUAAUAUUUAUGUAAAUACAACUUAUAAUUGCUUUUUUGAAGCAGUAUCCCUUCAGUACAAAAUGUAAUUAUUUUCAUAUUCACCAAGUGUCAGGAGUAGAAAUUAUAUUUUUGGACCUGAUAACCUUUUCUGUUUGUCUUGAGCAAGAGGCAUGAGCUUUUUUUGAGAUUAUAGGAUUUUCUCAUUUUCUGCCAUAUAAUUUUAUUAUAUUUUAAGAAUUUAGCUGGUGCUGUUACCCAGAGCUAGUCACAGUGAGUGAGUCUUGCCUAAGGACACUCUGGACUCUUUUUCUGCUGUGGGGAUCAAACCUGUGACCUUCUGGUUACAGGUUGCUCUCAAACAUUUAGGUCAACCUGCUGCUAAUCUAAUUUAUUUUUUUCCUGUACACUGCCAGAAAAAGACUCUACACUACUGUAUAUUUUAGGAUUGGGUUUUUAGCGUCAAGAUUAAUCUCCUGACUGACGUUAAUGUUUUGAAACUCAGCUGUGUACUGUGUUGAGUUUCAAAACAUUGGCAUUGAGCUGGGAGGAAAUUUGGGGUUUUAGGGGUGUUGUUGGACACUAUAACAAAAUAACUGAAUGGAGUUUUAAAGGUAAAAACCUUUUUAACUUGACUCUGUAACAAUAACUAACCUCCUAUAAACUACUUUACCAUAAGGCUACAAUGACAGACUGGCUAACAAGCGGCAAGCCUUGAUCUUGUACUAAAGCCAACAAGCUAUUUCAUCUAAAGACAGUAGAGAGGGGGUUAAGACAAGAGGACCAAGGCACAUUUUCCUUGUUUUUGAUAAUCUGACAUUAUUCAGUUUAAUAUAUACAUAUUUUAAGCUCUAUUAAGAAACUGUGUAUGUUAAAAAGAUUGGUAUCAGAUUAAUAGAAGCAUUUUUAGGUGCCUUUACCUUUGCCCCAAAUUGCUUUGAGAAGGAGGUGAAAAGCCUUGUGCUGUCUUUGUUUCAACAUUCAGAUGUUUAGGUUUCAUUCCCAAAUGCAAUACUUGCCAUUUCAGAAUAAAACAUCUACUGUAAUAUUGCUGACAUUAAAAUAAAAUACACUUUUGAAUACUGAUGAUUUUACACGAACUAUAGCCAUUUACUUACCAGAUAACAGUUUACAAGAUCAGAUUUUCCUAAAUAAUGAGCUAUUUUUUCAAGCAAGAUGUAAAGCAUUUGAGAAUGAACACCUUACUUUUUACUUUACUUGGUUGCCUUUAGUUUACUUGGCUGGUAGCUGGAAUGAAAAUGUGUGAUGAAAUGCAUCGAGAAGUCCUAACAUAUCCACUCCAUAUCAAGUUUUUCCAUUAACAAUGUUAACACUGUGCCUGUUUUGCAGGUGAAAAAACAAUAGAUUUUUCAAAAAGCUGGAACAAGAGUAGUGACAUGUUAAGGUAACACGCACUGAGUAGUAUCUAUGUGUAUAGAGAUUUUUACCUUUCUGGUUUAAUCAAGUCUUUGAUUUUUGUUUCUUUUAGACAAUAAGGGUUUCAGUGCCAAGUGUUUGUCAAAGCUGCAUUGGAGACUGUUGGUUAAGAUGUUACAUCAAUAAAAUAAUAUUCACACAAAAAUGGA